CCAUUUCUUCAGACCGAACUUCCCACUCGUCUUGUUAGAAUUGAGAAAGGAGGCAAGCGAGUGUGGUUGCAACCGACCGAAAUCGAGCUGCAGUACGAGUACACCACUCUCAGUCAUGUUUGGGGAGGCACCAACAGUCCAUCCACGACAAGAGACAAUCUUAAUGACCGUAUACGCAUCGGCAUUAAGACCUCCGAGCUUCCUGCAACAUUCAGAGACGCCAUCACGGUAACUGAUGCGCUGGGUUACUGUUUUCUUUGGAUUGACUCUCUGUGCAUUGUACAGGAUGACAAGACGGAUUGGGAGCACGAAUGUCCCCGUAUGGCGUCGAUUUACCAGGGCUCGGUGGUCACUCUGGCCGGCCCCACGGCCAAAGACUCGCAUGCAGGGUUGCUGCAUGACCGGUCGUUCCUUGACGAGCCAUCUUACCUGUACCAAACUACACUGCAGUAUCGCAAUGAGCACGGCAUGUCUCAGAGUCUUCUGACCAUGUACUAUCCCGGCCAUAGGGAUCACGCGAAGAAAAUCUAUCCGUACAAAACCGAAAACAAUUCAGUACUCUUACGACGCGCCUGGAUUUUCCAAGAGAGUCUCCUGUCGAGGCGCACACUCAAUUUCGGUUCGACGCAGAUGUAUCUCGAUUGCAGAAGGGGCACGCGAUACGAAAUGUCCCAUCAAGGGGAGGGCUUCGGGCUUCGCCAAAGACCGCAAUAUCUUUCCUUCACUGAGAGACAGCCAGGAGAAUAUUACAGCUGGUGGAGGAGAGGAGUAAAGAAGUAUUCCAGAUGCGAGCUCACGUUCUUUUCCGACCGUUUGCCGGCGAUCUCCGGUAUCGUCCAUCGUCUUCCGCCCCCAAUACCUGACCAGUACGUCGCUGGUCUUUGGAAAAAUGAUCUCCAAAGAUCCUUGCUGUGGUACAACGAGGAAGGACGUAGCCCGGGUAAUCAGCCUGAUUCUCCGAUGGAGGCACAGUACCUAGGUCCCAGCUGGUCCUGGGUUUCACUACCCACACCAAUCACCUACCCGGACCCAAUUCAUACAGAAAAUGCUCCGCUGUUAUGGAGUAUGAAAACGAUCUUUGCUUCUACUUCACCAGAGGGUACCGAUCCGUACGGGCGAGUCAGAGGUGCUAGACUGAUACUCCGCGGGAAAACAGCUCCGGCAGUCAUCGCCCGCUUCGAGAAUGACACUCCAUCGAAAGGAACUUUAUCCAUAUCUCCAAUUGUCCAAUCAAAGAGCUCCUUCAACAAAGCACAAUUCUUUCCUGAUGAUCCCAGGCGCUUUCUUUCGGUUCCUUCAGUCAACGGCGUGUGCGACUUGUUUUGGGACUCUUUUGGCGGUCGGACCUCUACGUACCCGCAGAGUUGUGACCAUGAAUGUGUAAUAUUAUUUCUCGCUGCAAUCGUUGAAAUGGAUUCUUGUGGAAUUGCGUAUGUCUUGGUAUUGGAGCCAGGAGGAAAAGUACAUGAGUUUUUCCGACGGAUUGGCCUUGCGGUCAUACGUAUUCGCCAGGAAGAUCUCAUUUGGUGGCAUAGUGACUGCGAAGAAACGGACGUAGCCAUCAUGUGA